CUGGGCUUUGGCCGAGCGCUCCCGCCGCGCCAGCCCGCUGGACCCGCCCUCCCGGGGCCAGACUCCGGCUCAGCCCCCGCCUCGGGGCCAGAAACCUCUUUUCGGGCCCGGGCCGCUCCACACCCCCCAACGGCCCUGGCCUUGGUCCGCAAAGGAAGGCUGCCAGGGGCCGCGGCGAGCGCCAACUGAGCCGUGGGUAGGCUUGUCCGCCUUCAGCACCCCCCCCUUUGGAGGCUGGGACCCCCGUGCCCGCCCCGCUGGGCGCUUUCUCGGACCCUAGCAGAGUUUCCGCUCCCCUUCUUUCUGCUGGGAAUGGGUGGGAGAUUUGAGACUUGGCCGGGGCAGGGGUGCUGGCCGUGGCUGAGCAGGCAGUGGGGUGGGCAGAGUCUCGGGGCGGCUGAGCCCGGGAGGGAGAACCAGACUUGGGAGGGGCGUGCACCCGGAGUGGGGGCGCCGGUUUGUUGGAACAAAUAUUUAGCCAAGAAGAACCGGGGCGCUGAGCUUUCCAAGAACCACCCGCUCUGCUCUGGCUCCCGCCCGGCCCGGCGCCGCCGCCCCCUCCCGUGGCUGCCACCAGCUGCUUGGCGCUGACUCUGCUGGCCCGACGCACCCGUCACCCCGGGCUGCAGGUCGGGAUGGGGGACGGAGAAGUGCGCGCGGCGGGGCCUGGCCCAGAGCCUCCUGCUACUCGCCCAGCCCCGUUUCCUCGUCACCCCCCACCCCCUGGUCCCCGAGGCGCCCGCGCCACCUUCCCGCCCGGCUCGGCGCCUCUGCCCGGCGCUGGCUGAGGCCGCCCCGUCGGGCUUCCCGACCGCCGCGUACCCCCACCCCGACGCCGUCUCCCCAUCCCCGGGAAGAUCCCGGACCCUCGACACUCUGCGCCUGACUCAACCUCCCGGUCCUUCCUCUCGGCGAGCGCCCUCCCGGCUCCUCAUUCCCCCAACUCUCAGGAAUGCCCCCCACUCCCCUCCCGGUCCAAGGCCGGCCCCUGCGCUGAUCACUUCCGGCUCCCGAGGGACCCCUGCGGGCCUUCCCCGCUCCCGCAACCGAAGCCUGGCCCCUCCGCGGGCGCCUUCUCCGUGACACGUGUCCCCUCCAGCCUCCUUCCUCCCCGCCUCCGCCGCCCCCGCCGCCCCGCACUCGCGGGCGCAUCCCUUUCCCUCCACGUCUCCUCCCUUGGGCUGUCGCAGGGACACUCUCAGGCCAGCGCCGGUGAGGAUGCUCCCGGGCUGGCCGCCCAGGGCAGCGGGGACCGGGAUGGAGGCUCCGCUCCCGGGUCACAUUCGGCGCCUGGCGGUGGGGGGAAGGGGAGGGAUCUCAUUCGGGGGAAAAAGUCUCCGGGUCGUUCGGACCCCGGCGGGUUUGGGGACAUUGCCUGAAAACCCUUGUCCCAGUCUGGGCCCCUGGCGCGCGCCCCGUCCCCGGCGCCCACCACGCUUUUCCUGGUUCCCCGCAGGGCAGCCCCCCCCAGCUCCCCCUCCCGCGGCGGGGCCUGUAACCCGAGCCGCCCCGGUCGUCGCCUCCGCCCCCCACUCCCCUCCGCCGCGGCUCCGCGGCCCAGGCCGCCCCACGCGGCCCUGAGCCCCGACAGCGAGUCCGCAGGCGCCAUGGGUCGCGGGGCCUGCGCCCCCUCCGAGGCGUCGGGGACCCGCGAACAGGGCCGCCGGCUCGGAGCCGUCCUGGGCGCCCUGUGCCUCCUCCCCGCGCUGGUGCUGCUGGCCCGGCUGGGGGCCCCGGGGGCGCGGCCGGCCGCUGGCAGAGCGCAGGGAGACUUCGCGGCGGUGCCAAACCCCACGGCUGUCUCUGCCGCGGGCGCCCCCGGCCCACUGCCCCGCCAGGCGCCCCCGCAGGCGCCCCGCAGACGGCGUUACACGCUGACGCCCGCCCGACUGCGCUGGGACCACUUCAACCUCACCUACAAGAUCGUCUCCUUCCCGCGGAACAUGCUGAGCCCCAGCGAGACCCGGCGGGGCCUGGCCGCCGCCUUCCGCCUGUGGAGCGAGGUGUCCCCCUUCAGCUUCCGCGAGGUGGCCGCCUCCCAGCCCAGCGACCUCCGCAUAGGCUUCUACCCGAUCAACCACACCGACUGCCUGAGCUCGGCCCUGCACCACUGCUUCGACGGCCCCACCGGCGAGCUGGCCCACGCCUUCUUCCCCCCGCACGGCGGCAUCCACUUCGACGACAGCGAGUAUUGGGUCCUGGGCCCCACGCGCUACAGCUGGAAGAAAGGUGACCCGCCCCGCCCGGCUCUAGGGCCCCCAACCCGGCGGGCUGCGCGGGCCGUGUGUGUGUGUGUGUGUGUGUGUGUGUGUGUGUGUGUGUACGCGCGCGCGCGCGCGGGUGUGUGUGUGUGUGUGCGCGCGCGCGGGUGUGUGUGUGUGUGCGUGUGUGGCUUGGGGGUCAGGCCGCAGGAGAGCCUUUCGGGGUCCGGGGCUGCCAGUGGGGUCAAGCAGCCCAGGGGGGCGCAGGCGCAGCAGGGCCCGGAACAGCGCGCGUCCCCGCCCCCCACGGCCGCCGAGCCGGAGCCGCAGCUGCGUUCCUGGGCGCCGAGGUCACCGCCCGGGACGCCCCCAUCCCCGCUGCGGCAGCUCCCGGGGCGUCCGCUCUGCAGCGCUGCCCCUCGCGCAGGCGUGUGGCUCACGGACCUGGUGCACGUGGCGGCCCACGAGAUCGGCCACGCGCUGGGCCUGAUGCACUCGCAGCAAGGCCGCGCGCUCAUGCACCUCAACGCCACGCUGCUCGGCUGGAAGGCGCUGUCGCAGGACGAGCUGUGGGGGCUGCACCGGCUCUAUGGCUGCCUGGACCGGCUCUUCGUGUGCGCGUCCUGGGCGCGCAGGGGCUUCUGCGACGCCCGCCGGAGGCUCAUGAAGAGGCUCUGCCCCAGCAGCUGCGACUUCUGCUACGAGUUCCCCUUCCCCACCGUGGCCGCCACCCCACCGCCGCCCAGGACCAAAACCAAGCUGGUGCCUGAAGGCCGGAACGUGACCUUCCGCUGCGGCCAGAAGAUCCGACACAAGAAAGGCAAAGUGCACUGGUACAAAGACCAGGAGCCCCUGGAGUUCUCCUACCCCGGCUACCUGGCGCUGGGCGAGGCGCACCUGAGCAUCAUCGCCAACGCCAUCAACGAGGGGGUCUACACCUGCGUGGUGCGCCGCGGCCCGCGCGUCCUCACCUCCUUCUCCUGGCGCGUCCGCCUGCGCAGCUGACGCCGCCGCCGCCCGGACGCUGGCCGCCCGGUGAUGAAGCGCUUGCCCUCGGACACCUGUGUCCCUUUCUUGGGCGGGGGCACUGCCCCGGGCCCGGCAGCAGGCAGGGAGCUGGUCCCCAACCCGGCCCCACUCGUCCUGAACCAGGGGGAGCUGGGCACCCCUCCUUCCCCUCACAGCAACUUGGGGGGAGAACGCGGCCCACCCAGAGGCAUAGACAGCAGCACUUUCCAUGCCUGGUUAGUUGUCACUGGGAGUAAACAGUCUCCAGUGAUGGCAUCAUGGGGGAAAACAGGCUUACCCCCACCCAGGCCAGGGGAGGCAGGCAGGGAACCAGCUGGGUCCCCAGAGCCUGUCCUGAUGGGACUUGGGGUGG